UCUGCUCACCACGUGACAUGACAUCUGCUGGUUAUAGCAACUAGAGAAAACCAGUAAUAUAGAUGUAGAGAAGGGAUCGUGGUGGCACACCGGAGUCCACACGGCAUCAGUGCGCAGUCGCUUCACCAGUCAGAGCUUCUGUCUCCAACGCUGCCGUUACGCACAGGUUCAUCUCGUCUCCAAACACCUGAUUUACAGAGACACGUACGCGGAUUUUCACCCUCUCUAUGAAAGAAUGUAAGGCAGAUAUGUAGGCUUUCCUCUGAAGGAUAUGGUCACUGUUAAGCUGCCAAAGUGGAGCCGCGCGUAUCACGGAUCGGGGCGCUCCUGCAGGGUCUAGGAUGCGCGCCCGGAACAUCCCGAUUCUUACCCGGGUUCGGGGCUGAGCAGGACUCCGCUGCCCCUGCUGGGCGCAGAGGCGGGAGGAGGACGCAGUCGACCCGCACCAGGAUGCCUGUGAUGAGAGGUCUGCUGGCCCCGCAGAACACCUUCCUCGACACCAUCGCCACCCGUUUCGAUGGCACCCACAGUAACUUUGUGUUGGGGAACGCGCAAGUCCAGUCUCUCUACCCCAUCGUUUACUGUUCUGAUGGCUUCUGUGAGCUCACUGGUUAUGCCCGUGCAGAGCUGAUGCAGAAGAGCUGUGCAUGUCAUUUCCUCUAUGGGCCGGAGACCAGUGACAGGCUGAUGGCACAGAUCCAGGGUGCACUGGACGAGAGGAGGGAGUUCAAGACAGAACUGGUCUUCUACAAAAAAGGAGGAACUCAGUUCUGGUGUCUUCUGGAUAUCGUGCCCAUUAAGAAUGAGAAGGGAGAGGUGGUGCUCUUUCUAGUGUCACACAAGGACAUUACAGACAACAAGAAAGACCAAGAUGAAGAGCAGAGCCCAGAAAGAGACGAGGAGACGGGGUUGGAGGUGCACAAGGUCACACGGCCACCGGGCUUCAAUGCCAACCGGCGGCGCAGUAGAGCUGUGCUUUACCAGCUGUCUGGACACUUGCAGAAACAAGACAAGAGCAAACUCAAGAUCAAUAAUAACAUGUUUGGCGAGAAGCCGCCCAUACCAGAGUACAAAGUGGCAGCCAUUCAGAAAAGCCGUUUCAUUCUUCUCCAUUACGGCACCUUCAAAGCAGGCUGGGAUUGGCUCAUCCUGUUAGCAACCUUUUAUGUAGCAGUUACUGUGCCCUACAAUGUCUGUUUCACCGUCGUUGGAGGGCGAGAUGAAGCAUCAACCCCUAGAAGUCCACCGAGUGUGAGCGACAUUCUGGUGGAAAUUCUUUUCAUGUUAGAUAUUGUACUAAACUUCCGCACCACAUUUGUGAGCACAUCAGGCCAGGUGGUAUAUGAUGCUCGCUCUAUAUGUGUGCAUUACGUCACCACCUGGCUCUUUGUGGACCUGAUUGCUGCGCUGCCAUUUGACCUGUUGUAUGCCUUCAAUGUCAGUGUGUACUUCGGGGUUCAUCUGUUGAAGACGGUCCGAUUGUUACGGCUUCUACGCUUGCUACAAAAGCUGGAGCGCUACUCCCAAUACAGUGCAGUAGUGCUCACAUUACUCAUGUCCAUGUUUGCCUUGCUGGCACAUUGGAUGGCCUGUGUCUGGUACAUCAUUGGCCGCAGCGAGAUAGAGAACAACAGCCCUGGUUCAUGGGACAUUGGCUGGUUGCAUGAGCUGGGCAAACGUUUGGGCACUCCAUACUUCCUGUCACCUCUCGCAUCCCUCAUUCCUGACUCUCUGCGCCCCACCAUCCUGGACGGCCUGGUGGUUAAUUCCAGCCAGUGGAACGGCUCUGAUCUGGUGGCUCAUGAGCCGGUGUGGAACUCCAGCCAGCUGAACUCCACAGGCACAGCGCCAGCGGCCCCUUCAAAUGCUGGACAGACUGGAGCCGUACUGGGAGGAGGACCCUCCAUCCGCAGCUCAUAUGUGACAUCGCUGUACUUCGCUUUAAGCAGUCUGACCAGCGUGGGCUUUGGCAACGUCUCAGCCAAUACCGACUCAGAGAAGAUCUUCUCUAUCUGCACCAUGCUGAUCGGAG